GAGAGAGGGAGAGGGAGAUAUGUAACUUUGGCUAGAGGGACAUUUUUUUUUCUUCAUUUUUAACUCCCCCUCCCCUUUUCCUCCUCGUUUUUCUGUGUGUCUGUCUAUAUUAGUGUUUUUGUUUCUCCGUACGCCUGAGAGCGUGGUCAGUCAGAGAGAGAGGGAGGAGCAGAGUUAGAGUAAAACAGAGCAGGAAAAGGACAGACAGGAGAAGAGGAGGGAACAGUCCAUGGUAAUGUGUGCCUGCUCGUCCCAGUCCAGCCCAGUGCAGCGCCCCCUCCUCCACCAGCUCUACUGGGUCAGUACCCUGGGACAGCACCUGCUCCCCUGACAGACAGACAGACUCUCAGGACCCGCAGCUGUGUGAGCCUUGAGUCCAGCCGCUCCUCCACACAUAAAGAGACUCCGACCAUCCCCAGAGAACCCAACCUUCCAUUCACAGGAAUCUUAGCGGUGGCUGCAGCAGAGUGAUCCAGUAGUAGCAGGGUAAGAUAAGUUUGAGGUCAAGAUGGCGGGACAGGGGCUGCUGCACUCCACCAACCGUUACCUCCUCCUGCUCCUGGGGGUUCUGUCUGUGGCAGACGCCUCUAUCUUCCUCAAGGCCUCCUUCCAGAGAGACCGCCGUAACAUCCGGCCCAACAUCAUCCUCAUUCUCACUGAUGACCAGGACAUGGAGCUCGGCUCCAUGCAGGUCAUGAAUAAGACACGUUGUAUCAUGGAGCAGGGCGGGACUCACUUCUCCAACGCCUUUGUGACCACGCCCAUGUGCUGUCCUUCACGCUCCUCCAUGUUGACGGGGAAGUACGUUCACAACCACAACACCUACACCAACAAUGAGAACUGUUCCUCCCCCUCCUGGCAGGCCCAGCAUGAGACUAGGACCUUUGGAGUGUACCUCAACAACACUGGCUACAGGACAGGCUUCUUUGGGAAGUACCUGAAUGAGUACAACGGUUCCUAUAUUCCUCCUGGGUGGAGAGAGUGGGUGGGGCUGGUCAAGAACUCCCGCUUCUACAACUACACCCUGUGCAGGAAUGGAGUCCGCGAGAAACAUGGCUGCGAGUACCCUAAGGACUACUUUACGGACCUCAUCACAGAGGAUGGCAUCAACUACUUCCGCUCGUCUAAGAGGAUGUACCCUCACCGGCCAGUGAUGAUGGUGAUGAGCCAUGCAGCCCCCCAUGGGCCAGAGGACUCAGCACCUCAGUACAGCACUGCCUUUCCCAACGCAUCCCAGCACAUCACUCCCAGCUACAACUAUGCCCCAAACCCAGACAAGCACUGGAUCAUGAGUUACACUGGUUCCAUGAAGCCCAUCCACAUGGAGUUCACCAACAUGCUACAGAGGAAGAGGCUGCAGACCCUGCUCUCUGUGGAUGACAGCGUGGAGAAGGUGUAUAACAUGCUGGCUGAGACUGGAGAACUGGACAACACAUAUAUCAUCUACACAGCUGACCACGGCUACCACAUUGGCCAGUUUGGCCUGGUCAAGGGCAAGUCCAUGCCCUACGAGUUUGACAUUCGAGUACCCUUCUACAUCCGAGGGCCCAACGUGGAGGCAGGAGCCAGCAACCCUCACGUGGUGCUGAACAUUGACCUGGCGCCCACCAUCCUGGACAUCGCUGGCAUGGACGUCCCGCCAGACAUGGACGGCAAGUCCAUCCUCAAACUGCUGGACAUAGAGAGACCAGUCAACAGGUUCCAGGUGAAUAAGAAGGGGAAGGUGUGGAGAGACUCGUUCCUGGUGGAAAGAGGGAAGUUGCUCCACAUGCGUGAUGAGUCUUCAGGGAAGGACGUGGCCCAGGAGGAGAACUUCCUGCCUAAGUACCAGCGGGUCAAGGACCUGUGUCAGAGAACAGAGUACCAGACACCCUGCCAACAGCUGGGACAGAAGUGGCAGUGUGUUGAAGAUGCUACGGGGAAACUGAGGCUGUAUAAGUGUAAGGCCAUGACCAGCAUGUCUGCAGAACGGAAGGAGGGCCCUGCCAACAUCAGGUCCCAAUUUUACCCCCAGCGCGAAGCAAAGCACAUCACAGAGCACAACACAGAGCCCGAAGGCUGCAAGUGUGACCAGUUCCCUAGCUUCAGACUCAGUGCCUUCAAGAAGAAAAAGUUCCUUUCCAAGAAGAAGAUGAAGGCCGUCAAGAGCUAUGCCCGUAACCGUUCUGCCCGCUCCGUGGAGAUGGAGAUAGGAGGGGAACUGUAUGCUGUAGACUUGGGGGAUGGCUACCAGCCUGUACUGGCCCCCAGGAACCUCAGCGAGGCUGGGGCCCCGGGGCCACGCGACGACACUGAGGACGACUUCAGUGGCAUGGGGUUCACCAUCAGUCCCAGGACUAGCAGCAACAGUCUGGCUAUAGUACCUUCUGACAUCAAAGUCACACACAGGUCAGGGAGUGUGUUGAGGUUCUAUGUGGAUGGAUGCUCAAUCCUGGCCGAUGACACAGUGAAGUGUGACACCGGGAUCUAUAAGUCUGUGCAGGCCUGGAAGGACCACAAACUCCACAUCGACCAUGAGAUUGAGACCCUGCAGACCAAGAUCAAGAACCUGAGAGAAGUCAGGGGUCAUCUGAAGAAGGCCCGCCCAGAGGAGUGUGACUGUCUCCGCUACAUCUACCAGUCUAAGUACAAGAGUAAGCUUAGGCACAAAGGAAGCAGCAUUCACCCAUUCAGGAAGGGUCAGGAUAAGGAUAACAAGGCGUGGCUGCUGAAGGACCAGAAGAGGAGGAAGAAGAUGAGGAAGCUGCUGAAACGCCUGAGGAACAACGACACCUGUAGCAUGCCUGGUCUAACCUGCUUCACCCACGACAACCAGCACUGGCAGACCGCCCCCUUCUGGACAAUGGGUCCAUUCUGUGCCUGCACCAGUGCCAACAACAACACCUACUGGUGCGUAAGGACCAUCAACGAAACUCACAACUUCCUGUUCUGUGAGUUUGCGACUGGCUUCCUGGAGUACUUUGACCUCAACACAGAUCCCUACCAGCUGAUGAAUGCUGUGAACACGCUGGACCGAACCGUCCUAAAUCAGCUCCAUGUUCAACUCAUGGAGCUCCGCAGCUGCAAGGGCCACAAGCAGUGCAACCCCCGUACCCGCAACCUGGAGCUGGGAGGUAAAGAGCGAAGCAUCUUUGAUGAAUACAGAGGGCGCCAUCCACCCCCACCGCCCAGCACAUCUGCCUUAGUCAUCUAAUCAUCUCUACCUGUAGAGGGCGCCAUCCACCGCCCAGCACAUCUGCC